AUGGUUUCCGCACCAUCAAGACCAUGUACCGCAACAGAGAAAUCGGAAGCAAUUAAAGUAAUCGUCCGCUGUCGUCCAUUAUCAGCUGAUGAAAUAUCUAGUGGAUAUCAAAGUAUUGUUGAUAUUCAAACAGAACGUGGUGUGAUCGAACUGCAUAAUCCUCAAGAACCAGAUGCACCUCCUAAAAUAUUUACAUUCGAUUCAGUUUAUGAUUCACGGUCAAGUCAAAUGGACCUUUACGAUGAGGCAUGUCGUGAUCUAGUUGAUUCUGUGCUUGAGGGAUUUAAUGGAACGAUUUUUGCAUAUGGUCAGACAGGAACAGGAAAAACAUUUACUAUGGAGGGUAAUCACAAUGAGCCACAUUUGCGUGCUGUAAUACCAAGCGCUUAUCAUCACAUUUUCAAGCACAUUGCUCAAUCGCAGAAUCAACAAUACCUCGUACGAGCUAGCUAUCUUGAAAUUUAUAAGGAAGAGAUUCGAGAUUUAUUAAGUAGAGAUCCGAAAACACGUUUGGAGUUGAAGGAGCGCUUGGGUACAGGUGUUUAUGUGAAAGAUUUGUCAUCGUUUGUAACGAAAUCUGUAGAAGAGAUUGAAGACAUCAUAUCGGUUGGUCGUGCGAAUCGCAGUAUUGGGUUUACAAAUAUGAAUGAGCGUAGCAGUCGUUCUCAUGCAAUUUUUAUGGUCACUGUUGAAUGUAGUGAACUUGGAUUGGAUGGUCAAAACCAUAUAAGGGUAGGUCGAUUGAACCUGGUAGAUUUGGCUGGUAGUGAACGUCAGUCAAAAACAGGAUCACAUGGUGAACGUUUCAAAGAAGCAACAAAAAUCAACCUUUCACUUUCUGCGUUGGGCAAUGUAAUAUCAGCUUUGGUGGGUGGAAAAGGUACACAUGUACCAUAUAGGGAUUCAAAAUUGACUCGUUUAUUGCAAGAUUCCCUUGGCGGUAAUUCACGAGCUGUAAUGGUAGCUAAUAUUGGACCAGCGUCAUAUAAUUAUGAGGAAACUUUGUCAACACUGAGAUAUGCAAGUCGCGCAAAGAAUGUUAAAAAUAAACCAAAGAUUAAUGAAGAUCCUAAAGAUGCGCUUCUUCGCAAAUUUCAAGAUGAGAUUGCACAACUUCGAGAAUUAUUAAAAAAGCGUGCAAUUAAAAAGAAGGAAAAAAUAUUUGUGAAUGGGAAAACUGAAAGUGAUGAUGAAGAUGGAGAUUACCUCACGGCACAACAAAGACGUUUGGAAGAUGAAAGGCAAGCUGUCAUUGCAAAUUCAAGUAUUAUUACAGAGGAAAAGCGAAAAAUGCUUGCUGAUCUGGAAGAAAGAGUGCAGCAGCUUGAAAAAGAACAAGAAGCGCAAAUUGCUAUAACUGCAAAAAUUAAGACAUUACAAAGUAAACUUUUGUCAGGUGAUGGUAAUUUGUUGGGUCAAACUCUUGAGCAGGAGAAAUUGCUGGAACAGCGAAAAAGGCAGCUGGCUGAGCAAAAGAGAAAAGAACGCGAAAUCUUACAACAGUUGGAAGCACAAGAGGACAAUACUGCUGAAAUCCAUGAAACAUUCACUAACUUAAGGCAGGAAGUUGAAAUGAAGACAAAAAAGCUGAAAAAAUUGUUUACUAGACUUCAACAGGUGCAUGCUGAAAUAAAUGAUGCUAUAGCAAGUCAUUCGCAGGAACGACAAGAGUUGGAAAACUCCGUCACUGAAAUCAAUAAAGAAUUAAAACUUAAGUUAUUGAUAGUAGAAAAUUUUGUUCCUCAAGAUAUUCGCGAUCGUUUACGUGAACGAGCUUAUUGGGAUGAUGACGAAGACACUUGGAAAUUGUUAAAACCAGGACAGAGUGGACCCAGAAGUACUGUUUCUGAAGAAUUAUUCCAUUCAGGUGGUGGUGAUUCUGGUCUUGGUAUUAGCAAUACAUCGACAAGUAUUGAUUCUAUUGUUCAAAAUCUUUCCAAUAACCGACCGGUAUCGGUACCAGGGAUGAGACGACCUAUGUGCAACUAUGAGCGAAUGUGUUUGGCAGGGUUGCGGCAACGAUUAAAUACUCAGUCAAGGCUUGGCCGACCAACUUUUACAAAUUAUCCAAGCAAAUCUGGUUUCAUGAUCAUAGAUGAGGUCUUGCGAUUUAGUGGUGAAAACGUACUAACAUUCACUUCUCUAGAAAAGUUGGAAAGCCGAACAAAGAUGUACAAUAUCUCAGAAAUAAAAACUAGCAAGCAAUGCACUACUGAUUUCUCACAGUACGACAAAGAAAAGGAGCAGAAUUUUGUUGUCGAUGUUUCCAGAAUUCCAGUGCUGAAGGACUUCAAUCGAUGCAGUCGAUUUCCAAUUUCAAAUUGUUCCAAUUCUAGGACCUCGUUAUUGUCUAGGUCCUCAUUAGCACAUUCAAAAAACGUACGUGCCCGCAGCGCGCUUGGAAGGGUGAUAGGUGGUUCAGACGACAUUUAUCCAAAAGUUCGAGACGUUACUGCAAAAAUAUCAUCAAGUAUCACUGAUUUAUUAACUUCUGCUAAUAUUCCAUCGUGUGCUUCAUCCUCUGCAAGUAUAUCUCCACAUAAAUCCUACCUGUCACCAAGCAUCAGAAUCAGCAACAGUUUUAAUUGCCAUCAUAGAAAAACAGAAGUUGAUUUUGAAAAAGCAUUUUCAUCAUCGGUCAACGAUGGCAUUGCUUCUACUGAUGGUUUAUAUUGUCAGCAGAUACCAAAGAAAGUGAUAGAAGACUACAAAACCAAUCAAAUGUACAAUCGUGCUGCAAAUAACUAUAAUCAGCAGUUACCGAUAUCACCAGAAAACACUAUUCAGAAUUUCUAUCAUCAAACUUAUGGCAUGUAUGAAAAUAGCCAAAAGCUCAUCGAAACUGUACAGAAAUCACAACACAAUGUCUCGUCAACUUCACAGCAUUUGUCUCGUUAUGAAGCGAAGUCAGAAAAAACGGCAGUACGACGGUUACCAUUUGCUAGAAAAUGUAAUUUAUUCUCGAAAUCGUUUUCUGCAUUUACAAAUGGUGCAAUGUCGCAAGGUUCGCGUGAGAAAUUAGCAAAUGGUCUACAAGAAACUCCUUUUAACAUAUCCAAACAACUAUUAGAACGCUGCACUCUUCGUAGACGACAAAAUACAUCGUCAUAUGCGUCUAAAAAUAGUGAAAUAUCAGAAAAUGAUGCUUGGAUUAGGCAUAAUAAAAAUGAUGAUGGUGGUGAUGGUAAAAAAAGAAGCAGCAGUGCAAUUUCUUCAACAACAAAUUUUUUGUCAUCUUAUGAGCGAAAUCAGCUAUCGGGAAGUGAUCAAGAAAUGCUCACUCUUUGUUAG